AUGGCAGCCCAAGCUCUCACCCCGAAGGACUUUCAGAACGCCUUUCACUGGGCAGCGAGUCAGAAAGACGGUACCAUUCCGUCUUUUGCGACCCGUCCCAAUGACCCUUACAAGUACCAGCCUGGUCUCGGAAACAGCUUUGAAUCUGAGGCUAUUCCCGGCACCAUCCCCCAGGGACAGAACAGUCCCCGAAGCAUCCGAUAUGGUCUCUACGCCGAGCAGAUCACCGCGUCUGCGUUUGUCGCGCCCCGACAUGCAAACAAGAAGGCAUGGCUUUACCGAUCUCGACCUGCUGUAGCUCACCAGGGUUUCACUUCCCUGCCUGACAACAAAGACACAGAGUCAACUUUCAUCCCUAUUAACCCACGUGUCCACAUCUCGCCCACCCAGUUGGCAUGGAAGCCAUACCCCAUUCCUGAGGGUGAGGAAGUCGACUUUGUUGACGGACUCAAGACUGUUGCUGGUUCCGGUGACCCCACGCUGAGAGAAGGCCUUGCAACGCAUGUUUUCCUUUGCAACAAGAGCAUGUCAAAGAAGGCGUUCGUAAACUCCGACGGCGAUUGGCUCAUUGUGCCUCAACAGGGCGUGCUUGACAUCCAGACUGAGUUCGGUCAUUUGUAUGUGCAGCCGGGAGAAAUCUGCGUCAUCCAACGUGGCCUCCGCUUCAAGGUCAAGGUCGAGGGACCCACCCGUGGAUACAUCCUCGAGAUCUGGGGUUCCAACUGGGAACUCCCCGAGUUGGGUCCCCUGGGCGCAAACGGUCUGGCCAACGCCCGUGACUUUCUGCACCCCGUCGCCGCAUACAAGGUCACUAAGGACGACCCGUGGGAGACCGUCUACAAGCUGGGAGGCAAGUUCUUUAAGAGCACUCAGCGCCACUGCCCAUUCGACGUUAUCGCCUGGCACGGCAACUACGUUCCUUAUAAGUACGACCUGACCAAAUUCGUCAACGUCGGAUCUAUAUCCGUCGACCACAUCGACCCGUCUAUCUUCUGUGUUCUUACAGCCAAGUCUCGCGACCCAACCGCGCCAUUGGCGGAUUUCCUCAUCUUUUCCCCUCGCUGGGACGUGGCUUCCCACACUUACCGUCCCCCCUACUACCACCGAAACUGCGCUUCCGAGCUCAUGGGCCUUAUCUACGGAGAGUAUGGUGGACGGUCCGACGAGUUCCAGCCUGGUAGCAUCUCUUUUGAGUGCGGCUUCGUCCCCCACGGAGUUGCCUACGAGCAGUUUGCUGCUGCGUCAAAGGAGGAUCCUCCCGUCAUGCAAAUCUCUCAUGGCUCCAUUGCUUUCAUGUUCGAGACCAGCAGAGCUCUCACUAUUACUGACUGGGCAUGGAACAGCAAGGAAAAGCAUGAGCAUGAUCCUAAGAUGUGGGAUGACCUGGUGGACAACUUCUCAAACCAUCACAUCGAGAUUCCCCAACAAAGCAACGGCCACAAGAACUGA